UUGGUUUCUUCAGUUGUCCAAGUAGCUUUAUUUAUCCCUGACCUGCACAGUUCCUUAGCAUAUUUGUGACCAGCUUUAGAGGGCUUGGCAGCAUGUCCAACAGUGGAGAGACUCUUCCGAAAAAAUUACAAGAUGAAAAUGCAAUGAUUAUUUCAGACAGCCAUGAAAAUGGGACCUCUACAGAUGCACAGACUGUCUGCAGAGAUUCGCUGCCUCCUUUGGAGAAGACCCAAGAUGAAAGCACAGAGCCAACAGAGCCACUGUGGACUUCCUUUGCUGAUGGCAGAGUCAGACUGAGAAUAGAUAAAUCGUGUCCACAGACUCCCAUAACAGUUCAUCAGAUGUUCAAGGAGAGCCUGGAAAAGUAUGGAUCCCUUAAUGCUUUGGCCAGCAAAAAGAAUGGGAAGUGGGAGAAGAUAACUUUUUCAGAGUAUUAUUGCCUCUCCAGGAAAGCAGCCAAGAGUUUCUUGAAGCUUGGUCUGGAACGAUUCCACAGUGUAGGAAUCCUUGGAUUUAAUUCUCCAGAAUGGUUCAUCUCGGCUGUUGGAGCUGUUUUUGCUGGAGGAAUUGUGACAGGAAUAUACACAACCAAUUCUCCAGAGGCCUGCCACUACAUUGCUCAUGACAGCAAAACCAAUAUCAUGGUUGUGGAAAAUCAGAAACAAUUGGACAAGAUAAUGCAGAUCUGGAGUCGUCUGCCACACUUGAAAGCUGUUGUGCUGUAUAAGGACUCUGUUCCAGAGAGGCAUCCAAAUUUAUAUACGAUGGAAGAGUUUCUGGAGUUGGGAAAGGACCUACCUGAUGCUACAUUGGAUGACAUUAUUAACUCCCAAAAGCCGAAUCAGUGCUGUGUACUAAUAUACACAUCUGGAACAACUGGGAAACCAAAAGGAGCCAUGCUGAGUCAUGACAACAUAACUUGGACAUCAGCACAUUGCAGCAGAGCAGGAGAUAUGCAACCUGCAGAGGUCCAACAGGAGUCUAUAGUCAGUUAUCUCCCACUCAGCCACAUAGCUGCACAGAUUUAUGACCUGUGGACUGGAAUCAAAUGGGGAGAGCAAGUUUACUUUGCUGAGCCAGAUGCUCUGAAGGGCAGCUUGAUCGACACACUAAAGGAAGUGCAGCCAACAUCUCACAUGGGAGUUCCUCGAGUAUGGGAGAAAAUCAUGGAGAAGUUAAAGGAUGCCUCUGCUCAGUCAGGAUUUAUGAAGAAGAAAAUGCUGUCCUGGGCUAUGUCACUUAGCUUAGAGAGAAACCUAAACUGCUCAAGGAGCAGUGAUUUAAAGCAGCUCUGGACAAGGUUAGCAGACUACUUAGUGCUUGCAAAAAUACGGAAUGCACUGGGGUUUUCUUGCUGUCAGAAGCACUUUUCUGGUGCUGCUCCUCUCAAUACAGAAACACUGUAUUUCUUCUUGGGUCUGAACAUAACCCUGUAUGAGGCCUAUGGGAUGAGUGAGACCACAGGCCCACAUUGCCUCUCUGGGCCUUACAAUUACAGGCAGCACAGCUGUGGUAAACCAGCACCUGGCUGCAGGGUGAAAUUGGUGGAUGAAGAUGUGGAAGGCAAUGGAGAAAUCUGUUUCUGGGGAAGGACUGUUUUCAUGGGUUAUUUAAAUAUGGAAGACAAAACAAAAGAAGCCUUUGAUGAGGAGGGGUGGCUGCAUUCUGGAGAUUUAGGAAAACUAGACAAGGAUGGCUUUCUCUAUGUCACUGGAAGAAUUAAAGACUUGAUUAUUACAGCUGGAGGUGAAAACGUGCCUCCAAUUCCAAUUGAAGAUGCUGUUAAAAAAGAACUCCCAGUUGUUAGUAAUGCUAUGGUGAUUGGAGAUAAAAAGAAGUUUUUGUCAAUGUUGCUGACCCUAAAGAGUGUGCUGGACCCAGAUACAUCUGAUCCCACCGACAUUCUCACUGAGCAAGCAAGAGACUUCUGCCAGAAGACUGGCAGUAAAGCCACCAAAGUGUCAGAGAUUGUAGCUACCAGAGACCAGGCAAUCUACCAGGCCAUUCAGGAGGGAAUCAACAAAGUCAACAUGAAUGCUACUAACAGGGUUCAUUGUAUUCAAAAAUGGAUAGUCCUGCCAAGAGACUUUUCCAUCUCUGGGGGAGAACUAGGUCCGACAAUGAAGUUAAAACGGCUCACUGUGCUGGAGAAAUACAGACAUGAAGUAGACUCCUUCUAUGAAGAAUAAGAAGUCUUCCAUCCAGGCAUUAAGAUCUGUGAGCUAAAGAAAGUAUUUCCUAAACAAAAGCAUUAACAAAGAUUUAUGAUUGUUUUGGUUUUGUAGUCUAUUGAACUGAACCACUAGAAAACUGCCAUGAGUUGUUCCUGAUACUCACCUCAUCAUUUGUUCUCUUUUUACACAAACAUCUACACAGUGUGUCCAUUUUCUAAUACUGGUUUUUACUUUAUUACCUAAUUAAUGAUUAAAAACAUAACAUAUAAAUGAUUCCUCUAGACUGACACACAAAGAUUUUUUUCUACAGUGAAUUUUCUUUCUUUUUUUUUUGUUCUACAGAAUGCUCCCUGUAGCUCAUGAUACAUUUUGGUAGAUCAGUAGUUAGCAGCACUGCUUAGUGAAAAUGUGAAACCACUCCAGUGAUAAAGGUAACAAUUAAAAAAUUUAAAAAAUCAAA